CUCGCCGAGGUCCGCUGUGCGGGCUCGGGUCCGGAGCCACUCCGGGCUGCGAGCACCCAGUGGACCCGCGCCUGGCCAGGUGUGGGACCGGCCUGCCGUCUCUGCAGAGGGUCCUCGUGUGGUGAGUAUGCGGAACAAGCGGGUUUUGAAAACCAAGAGAAGGCGGGGAGCAAGAGGGGGCCAGGAUCCAGGCCUCCCUCCCCAGAGGAGUGAAGCCACACCCGGGAGGUCCCCUCCCACCCCAAUAGCUGCCAUGGGCCCUGACGACUGCCCACCUCCUCCUCCCCCCCCUCCCCCCAACAACAACAACAACAACAACAAACCCAAUGGCCACCAGAACCCCUGCGUGCCCAACAUGACCGAACGCCGCCGGGAUGAGCUCUCUGAAGAGAUCAACAACCUCAGAGAGAAGGUCAUCCGACAGUCUGAGGAGAACAACAACCUUCAGGACCAAGUGCAGAAACUCACUGAAGAGAACAGCACUCUCCGUGAACAGGUCGAAGAGGUCGAAGAGGUCGAAGAGGUCGAAGAGUUUGAAGAGCUCGAAGAGCUCGUGGAACAGGUUGAAGUGGAGGUGGAAGAAGUAGAACCCGAACCAGUCCCUGAGGAUAAUGAAGAUGACAUUGAGCUCCAAGGUGCUGCAGCGGCUGCUGCCCCAGCUGCUCCCAUCGAAGAAGAAGAGUGUCCUGAAGACCUUCCUGAGAAAUUUGAUGGCAACCCAGAUAUGCUGGCUCCUUUCAUGUCCCAGUGCCAAGUCUUCAUGGAGAGGAGCAACCGCGAUUUCUCUGUUGACCGUGUACGUGUCUGCUUCGUGACAAGCAUGAUGACCGGCCGUGCUGCCCGCUGGGCCUCUGCCAAGCUGGAACGAUCCAAUUACCUGAUGCACAACUACCCAGCCUUCAUGAUGGAGAUGAAGCAUGUCUUUGAAGACCCUCAGAGGCGUGAGGCUGCCAAACGCAAGAUUAGACGUCUGCGCCAGGGCCUGGGGUCUGUUGUCGACUACUCCAACGCCUUCCAGAUGAUUGCCCAGGACCUGGAUUGGAACGAGCCUGCUCUGAUUGACCAGUACCACGAGGGCCUCAGCGACCAGAUUCAGGAGGAGCUGUCCCGCCAUGAGGCACCCAAGACCCUGUCUGCUCUCAUCAGCCAGUGCAUCCACAUUGAGAGAAGGCUGGCCCGUGCUGCUGCUGCUCGCAAGCCCCGCUCCCCACCCCGGGCGAUGGUGAUGCCCCAGAACCAUCAUCAGGUGGAUCCCACCGAGCCUGUGGGAGGUGCCCGCAUGCGCCUGACCCAGGAAGAAAAAGAAAGACGCCGCAAGCUGAACUUGUGCCUCUACUGUGGAAACGGAGGUCACUACGCCGACAACUGUCCUGCCAAGGCCUCAAAAUCCUCACCGGCGGGAAACUCCCCGGCCCCGCUGUAGAGGGACCUUCAGCGACCGGGCCAGAAAGAAUAA